AUGGCGGCAUGCGUUGAUCCAUGGCUGCGACGAGUGGGGUUUCCAUGGCCAUGCCAACCGGUGCGAUGGCAUCGCACCACCAGUGUCGAGGAAGCCGUGACGGCCUUGGUGGCUGCGCUGCCGGUGGACCAUAGUGACCGCCGGAGAACACUGAGGGCAAGUUCUCAAGCUCGAGCACGUGGUCAUCCCGGGGUCAUAGAGAGCCUCAAGGUGGAGGAGAUAGCUGAAGUGGGGGGUGCUGUUGAUGGUAUAAAAGGCGUUAAUAAAAUAGAGUUUUCUGAAGAACAGAGGAGAAAAUAUAGAAAGCCACAUGCCUACUUUGAUAAAAUUCUGACUGCAAACAUUUACUCUGCAUACUAA